UCAUUUCACUAGAAAGGCAUAUGAUAGAGCUUGCUGACCUGCAUGAGUUUAGCAUCCCCUCCAGUCUAGUCCAAAAUGUCCACUAACUCUGAGUCUAUAAAAGUUGUGGUGCGUUGUCGUCCUAUGAAUGACAAAGAAAGGGCAGCCACAUUUGAGAGUGUGGUCUCAGUUGAUGUAAAAUUACGACAAAUUAUUGUCAGGAACCAGAGAGAAUCGUUGGGCUGCAAAUCCUCAAAAGUGUUUACUUUUGAUUCAGUCUACGACUGGAAGUCAACGCAAAAAGAGCUAUAUGCUGAAAGCUUUAGGCCCCUUGUGGAUUCCGUUCUACAAGGAUUUAAUGGAACCAUUUUUGCAUAUGGACAAACAGGCACAGGAAAAACAUACACCAUGGAGGGCACAAGAAAUGAUCUAGACAGGAGAGGAGUUAUCCCUAACUCUUUUGACCACAUUUUCACUCAUAUUUCAAGAUCUCAAAAUCAGCAGUACCUGGUGCGAGCAUCAUAUCUAGAGAUUUAUCAAGAAGAGAUCAGAGAUUUACUCUGCAAGGACCAAUCACGCCAUCUUGAGCUGAGAGAAAGACCGGAUACUGGCGUCUAUGUUAAAAAUCUGUCAUCGUUUGUCACCAAGAGUAAAGAGGAGAUUGAAAAUGUCAUGAAUGUGGGCAAUCAGAAUCGCUCAGUGGGCUCCACGAACAUGAAUGAACACAGCUCCCGUUCUCAUGCCAUCUUUGUAAUCACUGUAGAAUGCAGUGAACUGGGAGUGGAUGGAGAGAACCAUAUCCGAGUUGGCAAACUCAAUCUGGUGGAUCUAGCUGGUAGUGAAAGGCAGACCAAGACGGGGGCUCACGGGGAGAGGCUGAAAGAAGCUACUAAAAUCAACCUGUCACUUUCUGCUUUGGGGAAUGUCAUAUCCGCUUUAGUGGAUGGCAGGAGUAGCCACAUACCGUACAGAGAUUCUAAACUGACCCGCCUUUUACAGGACUCUCUUGGGGGCAAUGCCCGCACAGUCAUGGUCGCCAACAUUGGCCCAGCAUCUUACAAUGUGGAAGAGACUUUAACAACACUACACUACUCCAACAGAGCGAAGAACAUUAAGAAUACACCAUGCAUCAACGAGGACCCCAAAGAUGCCCAGCUCAGGAAGUUUCAGGAGGAGAUUGCGAGACUGAAAGCACAGCUGGAGAAGCGUACAGGAAAGAAAAACAGGAGGCAAAAUAGGAAGGCUUGCGAUUGUAGCAACGGUGAUUAUCAGGAAGAAGAGCAUGAGGGUGAUGAUGAGGACAACAAAGAGGAUUAUUGGAGGGAGCAGCAAGAGAUGCUAGAGAGAGAGAGGAAAGCUAUCAUGGAAGAUCACAGCCUGGUUGCUGAGGAGAAAGUUCAACUCCUGAAGGAGAAGGAGAAGAAAAUGACUGACCUGAAAAGGGAGGAGAAGGAGGGAGAGCUGCUGGCAACAAAAAUUAAGACAAUGGAGAGCAAACUCCUAGUUGGGGGGAAGAACAUUGUGGAUCAUACAAACGAGCAGGAGAGGAUGCUGGAGCUGAAAAGACAAGAAAUUGCUGAACAGAAAUCGAGAGAGCAAGAGAUGCGUCAGCAGAUGGAGUGUCGAGAUGAGGAGACUUUGGAGCUAAGAGAGACCUACAGUUCUCUACAACAAGAAGUUGACAUUAAAACCAAGAAAGUGAAAAAGUUGUUUGCCAAACUGGAGGCUGUGAAGGCAGAAAUACAUGACAUCCAGGAGGCACACAUCAGUAAACGCCAGCAGCUAGAACAGAACCAGAACAAGCUCACAUGGGAGCUUAAACUCAAGUCUCAGAUGAUUGACAAUUUCAUUCCACUGGAGGACAAGAACAAAACAGUCACCAGAGCUUAUUUUGACGAAGAGAAUGAAUACUGGAAGAUGAUGCCUAUCACACGCAUUGAGCAUGAUCCUCGGAUGAUGAGCAGACCUCAGUCUGCUUUGGGAUUCAGAAGACCUCUAAGUCACCAUGCUUGCAUGGCCAUGAUGAUCAGCCUUGACAUGAGAUACAAAGCUGAGAAUAUCCUGUUGCUAGGCAUGGAUAUGCCAUCUCGGACCACCAAAAACUAUCAGCAGCCAGUAAUCGCCCCAAAGGUGGUGGCUGCUCUGAAGGAUGCCCUUCGGGAUGAGGAGGACCUUGAGGUGGAUGCAUCAGAACUUAAUGGUAGCCUUUCACCUCUAGCCAGUACAAAUGAAGCAUUAGGAAAUCAAAGUCUGGCAGCUCUUUCCACACAGCUCCCUCAGAUGCAGAAUGCGGUCCACGCUGUGACACGUGAACAGGGCUUUGGGGUCAUUGCCGGGCCUGCCUGUGUAGAUGUGUCAUACUAGAGGAGAAAAGCAGGAAACAGAAGAGGAACUGGAUGCGGAAGUGGCGAUCGAUGGAUGGUGUGGUGGCCCAAGACGAUGCAGCAACAGAGGCACCAGCAAGUGAUCCGGCCGCAGACAACAGUGACGCCACUCUCGGCUUAAUGGAC